AUGGCACCGCAAAUCACGGUACCUCCUGAGCAGCCCCGGCCAGGGGCAGCGGGGGACGGACGGGGCGGCCCCGGGGCAGGUGCCUCCACCGUGCGCCCGCCGCUGCCUCCUCCGCAUCACCGGCCCCGCGGGCGCGCACCGCUGGCCCCGGAGCAAACAGCCCCCGGCGGGCGGGCGGGCGGGCUGCGGCCGAGCCCCGGCUCGCCAAACGUCCCCGACGCCUGGCAGCCCCUCCGGGCCCUUCCUAUUCAUCCUCCGCUGCCCUCCGAGCCGCCCCUCGAGAAGGGGCGCCCGGCCCCCCUCGGCACCGCUCCCCCGCCCUCCCAGCGAGGCUGCUCGCCGCCGCACCGCGCUCCUGGAAAGGCAGCGCGCACAGCCCCGCACCGCCUCGCACCGCGCCGGCCAAGGCCACCCCUCGGGGCCGAGGACCGGCCCGGGCUGGGGAAGCUGUCCUCCGCCCCGCCGAGGCCCAAUGGGGCCGCUCCGGCCGCUCCCGGCCCCAGGAUCCCCGGCCGGGAUCCGCCGCACCGCUUUGGUGAAGGAGCGGGGGGACUCCCGCCCCGGCGGGGCUGCGCCCUCCCGGCUGCCCUGCCCGCACCCCCGGGAGCACCGUGCCGUGCAGGGGGAGCCCGGCCCCACUGCUCCCGGCCCCUCGCCCUCCUCCGGGAAAAGGUGCCCCGGCCCCGGGCCGCUCCCCGCCGCCGGCCUCAGCCGGUGCGCAAAAGUCCCCGGCACGUUUGCGCACCGAGCCCCGUGGCCAGCGCGGCUCCCCCCGGGCCCAGCGCGGGGCCGGAGGCGCGGGGGGGCCCUCAGGCCUCGGGAGGGCCCUUCCUCUACGGGACCCAGCCCUCGUUUCCCCUGGGGGAGCAAAGUCAUGAAGCGGGUGGGGGCUGGAGAACGGCGUCCCGUCCCCUCCGGUGCCGGCGCUCGCCGCCCGCAGGGCAGCGCCCGCAGCUCUGCCGGUCGAUGCGCGAGGGGAGCGGGGAUGUUCCCGGCGCUGCAGGGGCGAGGAGAGGCGUGACGGGAGGCGGUGAGGUCCACUCGCUCCCGUAA